AUUUUAUCAGACGUGAAGCAUCUGCUGGAAGUCAGAAGACCCUCACACAACUCUGCUGAUCUACACAACUUCACCAGGUUGGAGAAAUGGCCUCAGAUCUCAUGACCGUUGCUGCUCUGGGACGACCUUUCACCCUAGGGAUGCUCUAUGAUGCCCGGAAAGAUGAACUGGUCCCAGGUCUCAGAUUGUGGAAUGAGGAAACUCUAAACGUAAAAACAACUGAAACCCCUCAGCACAGCAGUUAUUUUGAAAUGUCUGCAUCUGACUCCAUCGAAUCCAAGUCCACCAUGAUGGACAUUGAUGCUUCUCUGAAGGCCAGUUUCAUGAGUGGACUGAUAGAAGUUGGAGGAUCUGCCAAAUAUCUGAAUGAUGAGAAGAAAUUCAAGAAUCAGAGCAGAGUGACGUUUCAGUACAAAGCUACCACCAACUUCCAACAGUUGUCAGUGACUCAACUCAAAGCGAUGAGCCAAGAACAAAGAGAUCUCAUCAAGAAUGGCUUGGCGACUCAUGUAGUCACAGGCAUCCUGUAUGGGGCAAAUGCCUUCUUCGUGUUUGACAGUGAGAAGUUAGAAGACAGACAAGUCCAGGACAUCCAGGGCAGCAUGCACGCUGUGAUAAAGAAGAUUCCUUCUUUAAAUAUUGAGGGAAAUGUUAAACUCAAGCUGACUGAUGAAGAGAAAGCCCUGACUGAGAAAUUCUCCUGCAAAUUCUACGGAGACUUAAUUCUUGAAAGCAACCCAGCAACAUUUGAAGAUGCAGUGCAGACCUAUGUAGAACUUCCACAGCUUCUGGGAACAAAGGGAGAGAAAGCUGUGCCAGUGAAGGUCUGGCUGAUGCCACUGAAACUGUUUGAACCUGCAGCUACUGGGGUGAGGACAGAUAUCAGCAUUGAGUUAGUGAGGAAGGCGCAGGAAGCUCUGGAGAAGUUAAGGGAGGCAAAAAUGAGAUGCAACGAUUCUCUGGAAGACAAAGUGGUAGAGAGUUUCCCCGUGCUUCAGGAAGAGUUGAGCACUUUCCUCAAACUGUGUGGUUAUUAUAAAACCAACAUCCAGCAAGCCAUGGCAGAGAAACUUCCCUCCAUCCGUGAAGGAAAGGAAGAGGAGAGCUCACUGGAAAAAGUCUUUGAAGACAGGCACAAGUCACCCUUCAACCAUGAAAAACGAAACAAGUGGCUGGAUCACAAAGAGAGAGAAGUCAACAUCAUCAAGUCCUUUGUCGACACCAUGGAGGGAGUAAAGAUCGUCCUGAACCAGAAGGAGCUGGACAGAGAGGUCCUUGCUUCAGGUGUAGAAGAUGUUCUGUGCUUUGUUUUCACCUCCAUGCUAAAGGGUGAUAUCUACCUUGAUGAGAUGGCUGACUUCUUGAAAUCACCCAAGUUAGGAAGUACCGAUGAAGAGGAGUGGUACUACUCCGAUGAAGUUCUGAACACAAUGAGAGAAAAAGCCACAUUUCUCCAGGGUGCUUCCAAAGGGCUGAAGAACAACAGCAAAUUCCGUUUCCUCAUAACGACCAAAACCAAUCCCAAAUACAAAGGAGCAAGCAUCUACCACUACAAGAAAGGCCAGCUGGUCACUGAAGACUUUCAAAAGCCUUCUUCUGUGGAGACCAUCAAACACAAGAGAGAUCUGAUCUGGUAUGCCUGUGAUCUCCACCUGGACCCAAACACUGCCAACAACCUUCUCACUCUGUCUCACGGAAACAAAAAGGCAACACAUGGAGCAUCGCAGAAUGUUCCUCCUCAUCCAGAGAGGUUCGGAAAAUGGCAACAGCAGUGAUGGGACCCACCUGUGGCGCUGAUUCCAGGAUAUAAGAGGGCUGCAGAACAGGCUCUCGCUCUCUCUCAGCUGCCCUGCUCGGUGCAUCAGGACACCGCUCCUCUGUUCUGUUUUAUUGUUGUUGUAACCACUGUGUUGGUUAAAAUAAAUGAUUGUUUUGGGCAACUCCGGUGUGGAACUGUUGUCCUUAUGUUACAAGCAGAGCCAGCUUGUAAUAUAUGGGGGCUCGUCCGAUCCAAGAACCAGGUGAUAGUUGUUUACUUGAUUUGUUUGCCUUGAUUGUGUAGACAGUUUGUUCCUGGUGUAGGGCAUUAAGGAGUAGCUUUGGAAUUACCUUUCCUGAUAGGCAUAAGCAACAUCUCCUUCAGGGGAGCUUGUUGGUUUGUUAUUUUUGUUUGUUGUUUUUGUGCAUAAACAUGAUUCGACAUUUUUUUGUCAUGGGUACACGUCCGUGGCUGUCUUGGUGAGUAACAGCUUCGCUGGGGCUUUACCAGGUCAUUGGGUAAGUGUUUAAAACACCUGUCGUGGCAUGCAUGAAGACUAGGGUGAGACAAGAUAGCUAGUAUUGGGUAGGCAGUUAGCUAGGGGAGAGGUAUUCCAGAGUGAAACAAAAAAAAAAAUAUUUUUAGGUGUCUGUGCACCGGGUUCAAGGGAGUUUGCAGAAUCAUGGCUACAUUAACAGAUUUUGUGAAGUGUCCCAGUGUGGAACUACUGGAAAAAUGUAUUAAAGACCAACUGUUAAAAAUUGCAGAUUAUUUUUAGGUAGACGUUCCAAAGCAGGGUCGUAAAGACACCAUAGUGACUACGUUACAGGCCCAGUUGAUACUGCCAGCAGUGGCUGUCGAUGAUGGCUCUGAGGAGGAGUUGACGAAUGCAGCUAUAAAUCCAGAGCGUCAGAGAAGUGCAGGUUUUUCUUUGUUUGACUUUGGUGAAAUGACAUUUGAACAGAGAAAGGAAAUAAUGCUGUUGCAGUACCAACAAGACAGUGAACGUGAGGAACGAGCAAGUGAACGUGAGGAACGAGCAAGUGCUCGUGAUGACCGGGCUAGCGCUUGUGAACAGGAAACUGAGAGAGCGUUUAAGGUUAACUACAGUGGUGCGGGAAGCUGAAUUGCAACAAGAGCGUUACAAGUUGGACCUCAUCCAAGAGGGUAAGCUUUCUUCUGGGGUGUCCCCAGCUACUUUUGAUGUAGCUUAUAACUUGAGGUUGUUACCGAAAUUCGAAGAGAAGACUGUAGAUUCUUUUUUUGGACUUUUUGAGUGACUUGUGGUCUGAUUCAGAGAAAACAUUGCUGUUACAGUGUGUGUUAACUGGUAGGGCUCAAGAAGCAUUUUCUGCAUUAAGUAUGGCUGACAGUGAAGAUUACUUAAGGGUAAAGACUGCAGUGCUAAAAGCUUAUGAGUUGGUGCCUGAGGCCUACCGUCAGCAGUUCAGGAAGCUAAGGAAGUCAGAGGGACAGACCUAUGUGGAACUUGUUCGGGAGCUGACGAUGAAAUUUAAUCGGGUCACGGCUUCCGAAGUAGUAAAUCUUAAUGAUUUGAGGGAGCUGUUCCUUCUUGAACAAUUAAAAGAUAUUCUUCCAGAACGCGUUGCUACGUACAUGAAUGAGAAUAAGGUUAAAAAUGUAACAGACUGAGGGUGUUAGCUGAUGAAUACACGUUAACACACAAGAUUCAUUCAGGGGAGCGAUUUGACUGGGGGAGCAGAAAUAACUGGUCUGGUGACCCCAGAUGUACAGUAGAUCCAAGUACUUGCUACUUUUGUUUGGGUAAAGGACACCAGAAAAAGGAAUGCCCAGUACUUGCAAAAACCAAGGGACUCCAAAAUGUUCAGUUUCCCAGGCCUGUUGCCCUUGCAGCUUCUCCCCACAAGGUUGCUAGGGAUGAGGCUAUAGCUGCGGUUAAACUCUAUACUACCCCGCAACCAGUUGCUGCUGCGGUUUCUAACUACGGACCAGCCCUGCAAGAGGUGAAGCCUCGCCCCUCCCAGUUGGCAGAUGAAAUUGAUCCAGGGUAUGCCCCUUUCCUACGAGAGGGUUAUGUGUCUUUGCAAGGAAGUGAAAACAAAUUCCUUGUUAAGAUACUGAGAGACACAGGUGCUAUCGAUUCAUACAUAACUGAGGGUGUUCUUCCAUUUCCCUCUGUAACGGACACUGGAAGUGGUGUCUAUAACAUCAGGAAGAUACGUCCCCAGCUGACACAGAAAGCGACUCAGGUUCUGGUCCAGGCUCUCGUCAUCUCACGCCUAG